AUGGUAGCUUUUGAAGUCAUGUACUACUUGAAACGGAAAAGAAGAGGUAAAAAAGGCUUCAUGGCUCUUAAACUCGACAUGAGCAAAGCCUACGAUCGGGUUGAAUGGAGCUUUCUUAGAGCGGUUAUGAAUCGUAUGGGCUUUGCUAGCAAAUGGAUUGACCUCAUUAUGGGCUGUGUCUCUACGGUUCGCUACAAAGUUGUUCAUAAUGGGCAUGUGCUUGAUUCUAUUUCCCCAUCCAGAGGAUGUCGUGUUGCUCAACGUGCACCUUCUAUAACACAUAUGUUCUUUGCGGACGACAGCUACUUGUUUUGUCAAGCCACACGAGGUGCUGCUGAUAGCAUUUCCAAUCUCAUGCAUCUCUUUGAAAAUGCAUCUGGCCUGAAAGUCAAUUACUCAAAGUCUUCGAUCUUCUUCAGUCCCAAUACUGAUACUACCAUUCGUAAUCAGGUUUGUUCCUCACUCCACAUGUCUGAAGCUCUUGAAGGCAGUCUUUAUCUAGGCCUUCCGAAUAUUAUAGGUCGCAACAAGAAUGCUGUGCUUGGCUUUCUUAAAAAUAAAGUCAUUUCUCGAAUCAACAGCUGGGAUGGUAAGUUCCUGUCUCGUGUUGGGAAGGAAAUUUUACUCAAAACAGUCAUACAAUCUUUGCCCACAUAUGCUAUGAGUGUCUAUCUUCUCUCGAUUGGAACUUGUAAUGAGAUUGAAAAAUUGAUGGCUAGUUUCUGGUGGAAGACAAACUCCAAUAAAGGGUGA